AUGCCACCACGUCCGAGUCCCCUUGAAGAGCCUCUCUUCUCGAAUCGGAUCCUGCGAAACGAACAAGCCUUCCACACCGACCUCGAUUGGACGAAAGCCCCGCCGACCUGGACUCAGUCUGCAGUAGCCAAAGUCAUAUGCUCCCUACGACCCGACCUCCUUCGAAGAGCCCCCGCUCUCCUUCCGUUCCUUCUCGGUAAACAUGACAUAUCAGAUGACGGCGACGAUGGUGUCUGGAGCCCGAAACGUGGAAUCUAUGGCAUGGGCACACUGGUGGGCCUCUGGGUCAAACACAAUGCUACACAACAACUCGUCGACGAAAUGGUCAUCAAGCAGACUCCCUACAACAAGCUGGACGACAUCAAGCCGUUCGUCGUUGGACAAGGUAUAUCAGCAGAGGCUGUCUACCAAGUCGAAUUGCAGCGCAAAACGCGCAGAAUGAUCCGGGAUAAUGCGUACAGCGACUUCGAUGGGCUCAAGCAGUUAAACGGCAACAUCCUCCAUCUGCGCCAAUACAAAUUCAACACGGAACUCAAGCGCAACCGGUUCUACUUGACCUUCGCACCGCAUGGCACUAUCGAUGACCUUUUCUGGAAGUACAGACUCAUGCAGCGUAGCGUGCCUGAGAGCUUCUUGUGGUAUCUGGUUCAUUCACUCGCCCGAGCAUGUCGGACCAUGAAUGGGCCACUCGACGGGCCUUCGUUGAUUCAUGAAGGUCUUCAAGAGCCCCGUAACGGCGGCGAGUACAUGAUCCAUACCGACAUCAAGUCCAUGAAUGUUGCUCUAGACUAUGCUCGGCUUGAAGAUGACGAGGAGCUCGACAAAAUCUACCAAGGCACCGGCUCACUGAGAGACUUCACCUUGCUAUACCCCUCUGUGAAGGUCAUGGAUUUUGGUCUCGUGCACUAUACCUCUCCUCGAACACCAGAGAAUCCACGAUACUGCACAGAAGUCUGGAAGCCUCCAGAGAUGACCGGAUGGGGUCGGGACUUCCAAAGUCCUCCGAAUCCACAGGGCAUGAAGAUGGACUCAAAAUUCAUGGUCUGGGCUAUCGCCAAAAUCGUUUGGGACGCCAUCAUGGACGACGCCGAACAAGUGAUGUAUGAAACACUACGCGAUAUGUACGGACAACCCAGAAGUUCACGGCGCGCCGAGACCGAGUAUAUCCGGCUGCAGAACCAUUUCCUAGAUCGCUUUGCGGCCCUCUCAGCGACCAGCUACUCACCGGAGUUGAUCAGGCUGCUGUACGAGGGCCUGCGACCAUCAGCUGCGGCUCGUUUGUCUCUGUACGAGAUGCACCGGCAAAGCAGAGAGUGGCUGGAGAAUUGGAACACGAGCCUUCAAAACGAAUCUCUUGACGACAUCCUGGAAGAGCAUCGGCUGUACUUCCGCGGAAAUGAGAUUGUACAAUUAGGCACGGGCUCUCGGCAAGUCAUCGAAUACUACCCAGCUUGGGUCAAAUAUGAAUAUCAAGAUCCCGAACAUCCGAUGGGCCUACCUCGCCACGCGUACGUUGACGCUGCCGAGCAACAACAGUAUGGCACAGAUCCUCCACGUCGGGUAACGUUCUUGCCGAACGCGAUCAAGUUCGGAGAUCCUUCGCCUUCGGCUGAACCGGCGACACGGCGAAUCGAAGCAGAAGAAGCCCAGCCGGUAGCCAACCCAAACCAAGCAGGUCAAGCACAGCAACAGCUAGUACAGCAGCAGCCCGUACAGCAGCAGCCAGCGCCGCAGCCUGUUCAGCAGGCCGUGCCGAUUCAGCAAAUUCAGGUCCGUCGCGCACCACCGCUUCCAUCUCCAGGACAAGCAGCCCGCGCGGCUCAGUACGAAGGAAUGAAUAUCCGGCAACUACGUACCGAGAUCCGAAACAGAGGGAUCGCCACGAAGUUGGGUGGGAGAGGCGUAACUGCGAAUAAGCUGCGAGGUGUUCUGAGGGCAAAUGACGACGUCAGAAGACGGGCAAGGGAUUUGGAGAGAAUGAGGCGUGUCAACAAUGCGGUAGUACGCUCGGUAUGA